AUGCAUACCCGUCUCCCGUUUCUUGAUCGUGCGGAACUGAUGCAAUUGCAUGCGACCGUACGAAAGUCCCCGUCAGAUCAAAUGAGCGAGGCUGCACGGUUCAAACUAUUCAUGGUAUACGCCAUUGGCGCAGCUAUUCUACAGAUGACUGAGACCUACGACUCCACGGCCCCGAGCGCGUUUGUAGCCAUGGCACUACAGCUGGAAUCUGUCCUCGGGGAAUCGCAGUCCUACAUGAACAUUGAAGCACUCAUGUUACUCGUCCUCUAUCACAUGCGAACAUCGUCUGCCACGAGAGUAUGGUAUCUGAUAGGUCUAGCCAUGCGCAUCUGUAUUGAUCUAGGUUUGCACCGCGAAUCUCAGUAUCAGAAGAUGCGACCGUAUGAAGGGCAGAUGCGCCGGCGAUUGUUCUGGUCUGUCUACCUGGUUGAGCGAUAUGUGGCCUGGUCUUUGGGACGGCCGUUCAGUGUUCCCGAGGAGGAUAUUGAUGUCCAUGCUCCAGCGGAUCUGGAUGAUUCGUGUACCAGCGACGAGCUGGUUGAGCAGGCUUUGCAGGGCUCAGUGGCUCCGCGUGAGCCGGCGCGUGGAAGGAAGCUUCGGAGAUUUAUUGCUUUAGCGCAGUUGCAACGCAUCAUGUCACAGAUUCAUACCCGGGUUUAUCGGACUGAUAAGAACAUCGCAACGCUAGUCCCGGAGACAACUCCGCUGCUUGCUGCGUUGGAGGAAUUCGAAAUAUCGCUGCCGGCAAUGGCACCAGAAGAAGACGAUUUUGUCCAUAUGCACUGGAACAACGCCAUUCGGAUGCUCAUUCAGCGGUUCGUGGGAGUCUUACCGCGGGGGGAUCCCCUGAUUGAAAAAUGCUUGUACGCGUCAGGGCAGAUGUGUCAGUGUUUCAAGCGGCUGCGACAGCGCGAUUCAUCUGGGUACUCCUUUCUCCUAGUUAACUCGCUGUAUAUGGCUGGAUUGACUAUCUGCCUUUGCCUCUUCCGAGCCCCUCAACUGUGGACAGUAGCCGUGUCAAAUGAUCUGAGAGCCUGUUCUUCUGCGCUAUUCGUUAUGGCGGAGAGAAAUCCUAGUCUGAAGAAGUACCGAGACGGGCUGGAGAUGAUCAUCAACCGCGUGAUGGAAUCUGUCAAUGAUGCGGCCAAGGCCGAUCCUAUGCUAAGUGAUUCCCAUACCGAGGACGUUAUUCCCACACCACAUUCUGAGAGUGUGAGCGCACAGACCGACGUGACGACUGGGAAUUCUCAUUUCUCAGCAGGAUGGCUCGACUUUCAGUAUCCGUUGCCCCCUAUGGGAGGGUUAACUGGACACGAUCCAUAUGGGCAGGGAUCUGCAGCAGGAGACACACCCGACAUCUGGCAUACAUUUAGCGACAUGUUCCCGGAGAUAUGGUCAAACGACCUGUUAAGCAUGGACAUGUCUGAUGGGCUAAACUGGUUUACUCCGGAGUAG